AUGAUAUCCUUCUUCAGCGUCACAGGGGUGAUCCUGCUCGUUGCUGGGAUAGCAAUCUGGAGGACUCAUCACAAGAGCCACAUGCGCGGCCAAGCUGAUGACACAGCGAUUCACAACGACGGCGGCGGCGACUCGGGGAACGGCAAUCAAGAUGCGGACAGCAUCCGUGCAGGCAACGCUCCAGUCAUUGAUGGGCAAGCAGACAAUCGAGGCGGAAAUUGGAGGUGGAGAAAGAUCAUUGACGGCGUCGGUUGGGCCCAGGUACCAGACGGGCCUGAAGAUCGAGAAGAGACGCGAGUGAUAGCAAGACGACGAGGUAUCAGGGAGAAGCCUGAGCAAGCGCUCGUAUCUGUGUCUAUUGGCAGUGCUGAGGGCCAGGCAGGGACGAGCUACGCGAAUGAUGUUGAGAAAGGAGGAUCACGGCCUACAGAUGUCAUGUCAUUCGAGAACCUUGGUGGGUAUCGAUACGGCGAUUUUGCAUACGGCCACGACAACAUGGCGCCGCUUCCGGUUCCUGCUUCGGUCCAAGACCAAAACCCAUUGCACCGACAUUCACCUAGCAUCGUCGAAGUCGAAGCCGUUCCGGCAGGUUCUUAUCUUUCCCGGAUCCCCAGCACAGACUCGAGGGAAUCGGGACAUGGGUGUCGACUGACCUCGUACAAUGGACUGCCGCCUGUACACCAGCAGCAAAAUGACAAUAUGAUGGCGGCACUCCCGAUCCCGAAGGACCACCCGCUCUACCAACACCAUCCGGUUUCCCAAAGCCCAGCGCCGUCUCAACCCUCAGAUCAAAGCUCAGACCACAAGCCCCCGGCAUUCCACUACGAGCGCGACAGUCUUGUCCCUGCACCCCUGAAUCCCCGUCAUGGAAAGCGCUGCCUCGACGUCGAUCAGAGCCGCGAACCAACUCCAAGUACAGACUCGGUGCGCGCGGCAUCCGGUCUCACGCUGGAACGCCCUUCGAGUGCUCGGUCUCAGCCUGCUUCAGCCUGCAGAUCAGUGUCACGGGAAUGGCCUGAGCCUCGAUACAGCAUGUUUGAAAGUCCCCUGAGGCAGCAUCCACCAGAGUUGUUCCUGGACCUACCAGGCCCAAGGGAUGUGUCGGCGCAAACUUCAUCCCAGGAGCCACAGGAAAUGCUAGCCGGUGAGACUGGGACGAAAGAUGAUGAUGAUCUCCGAACCGACCGGUCUUUGACGACAGAAGUGAAGUCUUCAUGUCCAACACUACACCAGCCCGUGAACGGAUCCGAUCAGCAGCGUCACCAUCACCAUCCUCGUCAAGGUCAAGGUCAACGCCACCGUCAUCGCCAUUUCAGCUCGUGCGACGCCGGCUGGACGACCGUCCCUCUCACCCCAUCAUCACAGUCCACCGCCGCCAGCAGGCCAUCGAGAUGGAGUUGGACGGCAGAGGAUUUCAGGGUGGUGGGAACGGACAGGGACAAUGUCGUGUGA